ACAGUAUUAACGAGUAACACUAAAUAUGUGGUGUACACACAAUGUAGUAGUAUUCGUUCUUUUGUUGGGUUUUACCGUAGCAGACGAGGUUAAACAAAGUGAUAGAAGUGAAUAUAAAAGAGCAUUAACCAAAGACUGUGAAAACUCCUAUUCUGCAACGUGUUUAAAGUUGGACAUUGUUUCUUGGGUGGACAAACUUAAUGAAGAUGAUAACUAUAGUGUUUUCCCCGGAGUUUAUAUUGUGCGGGAAAAUAGUAGCGCCAGAGCUAACACAGCUGACAUUGUUGCAGAUCUUGCCAGAGACUUCCCGAACGACCCUGAAGCUCGACUGGAUGCAUUCCUCUUGAAAAAGGUGCAGCAAUAUUUAAGUUCGCAUUCCGUAAAACUCAAUCUCUAUGAAAAUGACAACACUGUUUCCGGUCAAGCCCGUAAGGGCAGUGGCGGAGGUGGCGGAGGCGGUGGAAAGAAAGGUGGCGGUGGAAUGGGGAUGAUUUUAGCUGCCGCCGCUAUGAUGAAGGGUACUCUUAUGGCUUUGGCAAUGGGUGGUUUGGCUGCCCUAGCUGGAAAAGCGUUAAUGACAGGUCUUAUAUCCUUACUGCUGUCUGCCAUUAUUGGACUAAAAUCGUUAUCAGGUGGUGGAGGAAAAACUACAUACGAAGUUGUUUCCAAGCCUGUGUACACCCAUUCCAAUUCUCACUCCUCCUCCCAUGAGGACUAUGGUCAUCAUGGUGGUGGUGGUGGCCAUUCAGGAUAUGGAAGAAGUUUUGACAUGCCUCUACCGCUUGGAUUGCAACCCGAAUACAAACCACAAUAAUACUUAUAUUUAUUUAAUUUAUUUAUAAUAAAGUAUUUAUUUUUUUUA